CAUACGAAACUCGAUCAAAUUCCAAAUUGCGAAUCCAAAUACACAAACUCAAUUAAGUGGCAACCAGAUACUUGUAUUGUUUUUCCAAUUGAAUAUUUGAAACUCGAUUCCGGCCUUACAAACCGAAAAUGGCUUGUAGUUUGUGAUAUUAUAUACAUACUCUAAAAAAGAUCCAGUACCGAGUGAUAACAAAUAGUAAACAGAAGUGAUAGUUCAUACAGGAAUUCAACUAAUUCAAUAACAACCAGAAUGCCCAGCUGGAGCGUGACGAAUGCGUUUCGCGUGCUCACACGCAAGAAGCCCCUGGAGGACUCGAAUGAAUCCAAGCUGGCCAAGGUCUUGUCCGCCUUCGAUCUCACCGCCCUGGGAAUCGGAUCGACCCUGGGCGUGGGUGUCUAUGUCCUGGCCGGAGAGGUGUCCAAGCAAUAUGCGGGCCCGGCCGUGGUCGUCAGCUUCCUCAUCGCUGCCAUCGCCUCGAUCUUCGCCGGACUCUGCUAUGCGGAGUUCGGAGCCCGAGUUCCCAAGGCGGGAUCGGCGUACAUCUACAGCUAUGUGACCAUUGGCGAGUUUAUCGCCUUCCUCAUCGGAUGGAAUCUCAUUCUCGAAUACGCAAUUGGCUCCGCCAGUGUCGUCAAGGGUUUAAGCACCUAUCUCGAUCAGCUUUGCGGCAAUCCCAUGAGCACUUUCCUGGGCACCCACAUGCCCAUCAACAUCGAAGGGAUGGGUGCCUAUCCGGAUCUGUUUGCCUUCGUGGUCACCAUCCUGUUUUCCCUGGCCAUCGCCGUGGGUGCCAAGGAGUCCACCAGGGUGAACAAUGUCUUUACCAUGCUGAAUCUGGGAGUGGUGCUCUUCGUGAUUAUCGCGGGACUUUUUAAAGUUUCCAGCAGCAACUGGUCCAUUCCAAAAUCGCAGGUCCCCGAGGGUUAUGGCGACGGAGGGUUCAUGCCCUACGGAGUUUCGGGCAUAAUCAAGGGAGCUGCGAUCUGUUUCUACGGCUUCAUUGGCUUCGACUGCAUUGCCACAGCUGGGGAGGAGGCCAAGAACCCGAAGAAGUCCAUUCCAUUUGCCGUGAUCGUCUCACUGGCCAUGAUCUUUCUGGCCUACUUCGGCGUGUCCACGGUGCUGACCAUGAUGCUGCCCUAUUUCGAACAGGACGAGAAGGCCCCGCUGCCCCACGUUUUCCGGAUAAACGGAUGGCAUGUGGCCGAGUAUGUGGUCAGCAUUGGAGCCAUGUUUGGGCUGUGCUCCAGCAUGAUGGGCGCCAUGUUCCCGCUGCCCAGGAUCGUGUUCGCCAUGUCCAACGAUGGAUUGCUGUUCAAAUUCCUCGGAGACAUCAGCGAGAAGUACAAGACUCCGUUCAAGGGAACCAUGAUCACGGGUCUGCUGACUGGAAUCCUGGCGGCCGUUUUCAAUCUCAGCCAGCUCGUGAACAUGAUGUCGAUUGGAACCCUUUUGGCCUAUUCCAUGGUGGCCAGUUGUGUCCUCAUGCUGCGCUACGAGGUGGAUGAUCGUCGGGAGAGUCGCAUCGUGGCGAAUGGACGAGCCUUGAGCCUCGAACAGGAUCGACCAUGUGCCCUCUGGAGGCGGAUCUUCAACCUCAAUGGCCAGACAGUGCCCACAAAGCAGACCUCAAGGAUCGUCACCUACAGUGUGACUCUGUUCUCUCUUUGGUGCAUGGUCUUCUCUCAGAUUCUGACCAAGUUCGAGGAGGAUAUAGCAAACGUAACGUCCUUCGAUGGCAUUAAGCUGGUGCUGGGCACUAUUCCCCUGGUACUGCUUCUCCUGGUCAUCUCGCGCCAGCCAACCUCGGGAGUCAAGCUGUCCUUCAAGGUGCCGCUGGUGCCCUGGCUGCCGGGCAUUUCCAUUCUGAUCAAUAUUUACCUGAUGAUCAAACUGGACAUCCACACCUGGGUGCGCUUCAGCGUUUGGAUAGCCAUCGGACUGGGCAUCUUCCUGUCCUACGGCAUCCGUCACAGUCGCCUGAGGCAGCGGGAGCAGCGAAACAAUUCCAUCGCCAUGAUGCGGGACUGCAGCAAUUCGGCAUUAUUAAGCGGUCAGGAGAACUCCAAGUAUGGCAACGAGGUGCCUCUGAUAUUGAUGCACAGUUCAUCCUAAGUAUACAUUGAUAUUUAGCCACACAUUACAUUUGAUUUUUGCCCGAAAGAUAUGCGUUUGCACCGGCGAUUCUCAUCACCCACAUACUCACCUAUGUAAUUUUGCCUCAUAAAAAAUAUAAAAUAGAAAACCAAAAACUACAAAAAGUACAAUAAGUUAGCUGAAAGCAAUAAACACGAAUAUUCUUAUGCUAAA